AACAACCACCGCUCCGAGCCAGAGCGUAGAAGCUUAGGUGAGAGAGAGACGAAUAAGCAAGGGUCUCACACUCACUCACUCUCUCUCUCUCUCUCUGAAAUCUUGGACCGUCUGGUAGUCCCGGUCCUCCUUUCCCUCUCGCUCAUUCUUCAAUUGAAUUACUGAGCUGAGCUGUGUGCGAGAGACAGUUAGUUCCGUUUUGCUGGUGGUUCCUCCCUCUCUCUCUCUCUCUCUUCUCCGCUUCUCGUUUUGACUUUUCUGCGGUGGAGGGAGCAGCUUCUGCUUCUCGGAGGCGGAGGCGAAAUGACGAGAAUGCCACCGCCUUCGCUGCUGACGUUGGCGCCGAUGGAGGCCGCGGCGUUCGUGAUGGCCUGGUGGGACGAUAUCAACGAGUCGACUAAGUGGCAGGACGGCAUCUUCUACUCUCUCUGCGCCGCCUACGCCCUCGUCUCCUCCGUCGCUCUGUUUCAACUAAUAAGGAUUGAAUUGAGAGUGCCGGAGUACGGUUGGACGACGCAGAAGGUGUUUCAUCUUAUGAAUUUCAUUGUCAAUGGAGUGCGCGCAAUUGUCUUUGGAUUUCACAAGCAAGUCUUUCUCUUGCAACCAAGGGUGUUGAUAUUGGUCUUGUUGGAUCUUCCUGGACUGCUAUUCUUCUCAACGUACACACUUCUUGUCCUAUUUUGGGCAGAGAUAUAUCACCAGGCGAGAAGUUUACCGACAGAUAAGCUCAGGAUUGUUUAUAUUUCAGUCAAUGGUGGAAUGUACUUCGUACAGAUUUGCCUCUGGAUAUACCUCUGGUUUGAUGACAACAGCGUUGUGGAGUUCAUUGGAAAGAUAUUUAUUGCAGCUGUGUCAUUUGUGGCUGCACUAGGUUUCUUAAUUUAUGGAGGAAGGUUAUUUUUCAUGCUGAGACGUUUCCCAAUUGAAUCUAAAGGGAGAAGGAAGAAACUUCAUGAGGUUGGAUCUGUUACAGCCAUAUGUUUUACCUGCUUUCUCAUAAGAUGCUUUGUGGAUGUGUUGUCCGCUUUUGAUGAUGAUGCAUCACUUGAUGUUUUGGAUCAUCCUGUUUUAAAUGCGUUCUACUACAUGCUGGUUGAGAUCCUGCCCUCAGCCUUAGUCCUCUUCAUCUUGCGCAAAUUACCCCCCAAGAGAGUAUCAGCUCAGUAUCAUCCAAUACGUUAGCUCAGCUCAGUAUCAUCAUUCUUUGUGGCAUUUUUGCCCCGUCAUUAUUCUUUACGGAUUGGAGGUUUGAUGCUAAUGAAAAUGAGCAACAUGAGGAAAGCCAGAUAAAACAAUCCAGAUGUAGUAUUCUGGUGCUGCCGGCAUAUUUUUUGUUUAGAUGUCUGUAUAUUACACAGCUCUCUGCAGCUUUGCCACGGAAGAUUCUUCAAUUUAAUUCCAUGGUGAUUUUGACAGUAGGUUUAUCUGAUCAUGUUUCAAAAGGAAAAUGUUCAUGUAAUUUAAUGUUGUAGGUAUUUCUGUUUAAAAAGUUUUACAUAAUGGCGUGUUGAUGAUCUCCUUUUUGCAUAUUAGAACAGAAGGUUUAUUUUGUAA